AUGUCGCACCGGAGGCUUCAUGCUUUCAAGAUCCUUUGCCCAGAGCCGCUGGCCUCGGGUGUGCUUGGGCACCGAGGGAGCACCAAAGACCGCAUCCAGGAUGAGUGCCACUGCCGCCUCGUCAUGAGCAACCGAGACGAGUUCUACCCUGGCACGCGCUUGCGGUUAGUGGUGAUCCAAGCUGAGGAACAAGCUUCGAUUCUCCAGGCCCUUGACAGGAUUCUGGAUCUGCUCGCGGAGUGCGCGGAGACUGAGCGUCAGAACCCGAAUGGCCGCACAGCCAUCCAGGGCGAGGCGGACUUCCUGGGCAAGGAAGCAGGGGAGUUAGUGUUGCGCGCCGCCGUGCCGUUCCGGGUCGGCUCCGCCAUCAUCGGCCCCAAAGGGGCCCACGUGCAAGCGCUGAAAGAGGAAGCCGGCGCCAAGAUCAUCAUCGACAAGGAACACCAGCAAGGCCACCAGGCCUGUCGCUUGGCCGCGCGCCCUGAGGGCCUGAGGAUAGUCCUGUCUCGCAUUAGCGACUACUUGGCUGACGACUCUGCUCAGAGGCCGAACGACUUUGAGUCCUGGGCGUCCAUCAGGAACUUCGGCCAGCAGGAGGACGCCGGACAUGGCGGUUACGGCCAAAGCCAUAGCCGUGACGGCCACGGAAGGGAUAGCCAUACCAGGAACAAUGGCCGGGAAGGCUACGGCAAGGAAGGCUACGGCCGAGACUAUGGCCGAGACGGCCGGGAUGGCCAGGGAAGAGAUGGCCAUAGGGACUAUGGCCGAGAUGGCGGGCGGGAUGGGUAUGGCGGCUAUGGCAGCCAUGGAGGCCAUCAUGGAGGAGGCCAUGCAGUGCCUCCUUGGGACCACCACCAGAGCGCCAGCCCCAGGCGGGCGCGGAGUCGAAGCCCAGGUCGCUUCGCACACGCCCGAGCGCCUGUGCACCCAGCCGGCCCCAUGGAGAUGCUGGCGUCGGCCCUGAGCGGCAUGCAGCCCGGGGCCGUGGAUUACGAGUACGAGGUGACUUGCGAGCUGCCACCGCACAAGGUCAGCGCCAUGAUCGGUCCGGGAGGGCAGAUUGUGAGGAAUGUACGCCACACCACCGGCACCCACAUCCACUUUGACGAGGUCCCGAUGGGCGCGAGGGAGCAAACCAUGCACAUCAAGGGCCCCCUGCUGGGGGUCUACAGGGCCCACGUCAUGAUGAUGCAGAGGUAUCACGAGCACGAGACCGAGGUGCCCAGGUUUGAUGCCAAGGGCAAGGGUGCCCCCGAGGUCAUCCUCUCCACCAUGGGAGAGCCCCUCCUGCACCACCACUUUGAGGACCUCCUGGAGUUCAUGCCCCAGCUCCAGUUGACCACAGAGGGUGUGCUCAAAGUCCACGCGCCCCCGGGAAUGGCGGCGCCCCCGGGCCUCGAAGCCGAGAACCCCCUUGCCACGGCGGCACUCCGAGCACGGAAGGAGGUCUUGCUGCGCAGUCUUGCGAAGAAGGUGAGCGACUCGGUGGUGGAACUUCCGUCGGACUGCCCCAGCAUGGUCUCCAUGAAGGCGAUGAGCGCAGUGCUGCCAGGGAUGCCAGGGAGCCCCCAGCUAGGGGGGUUGGUAAUGAAGGAGGCAGAUGCCAAGAACAUGCCAAACGACGAGGGGGAUCUCCGGCGCACUCCGUGGUGA